UAAUUUCAAAAUUAAUUGUUUAUACUUAAUACACCGAUAAGUGGAAAAUGUUUAUUUUAUAUUGUUAAAAAUUUAAUAUAGGUAUCAUAAAUUGUAUUGUAAAAUCAAUCGAUUGAUAGUGCUUUAAUAAUACAACGAUAAUAAUCGUACUCGUGAGCUAAGUCUCACCUUUUAUUGUCUAAGGUUUUGAUGCACUGAUAUAUCGAUAAUAAAUGUGUAUAUAGGUAUAAACUAUCUAUUAAUGUAUAUACCUACACAGUAUUAUACAUACAACAUUAAGAGACUUCAGAAGCUUUAAAUCUUCAAUCUACUAAAUACUCAUCAAUCUAAAAUGUUUAGUUUUCUAAUAUUACUUUAGUUGCUAUUCAGUAUUUCCUUCUAUUUUGUUUAAAUUUAUUUAAUAUAGGUACAUAUAUACCGUGUACGGUAAACACUAAACAAUAAUUAGUGAGUUAGUUUUGUAUAUUAUUAUGUAUUUAAGUGUCGCGUAGAUGUCGAGUUCGUCUCAAAAAUUUUUUCAUGAAUAGAAAAAAUUGUAUAUUUGUAAAAAAGUUUCAAGAUGCACAUUUAAAUAUGAUUUAUUAUAAAUUUGUUUGUGUUUUUAUAAUCACCAUUUCACUCUUUUCAAUUCCAUAUACAAAUGGGAUAAAUAAUAAUUACAUUAAAAUGUUUCCAAAAAUUGGUGAAAAUGUUACACUUAAAUGUGGCAGCAAUAACAUAAAAAAUUCUGAUGUGUUGUGGACAAUUAAGCAUAAAGAAAUACCUGGUCGAACUAAAGUUUUGAAAAAUGGAGAUUUAUUCAUUCCAUCAUUCAAUUUAUCAGAUGCUGGUGUUUAUAUUUGUGAUCUAGCAGCUGCUAAUGGCUAUGCUGACCAUGCUCCACUGACUGAAUUUGAACUAAAACCAAUAAGUAUACCUGGAUCCUUAAUAGGUGUAAAAGUUAUACCUAAUACUGUAUUAGUGCUCAUCACAUGGAGACAAAUAGAAAACAACGAUGAGUUUCCUGUUAAAAAUAUUACCAUUAAGUAUAAAAUUAUGGAUGAAAGAAAUUCAAGAGAUGAUUGGAGUGUUCUACAAGUAAAUCCAUCUAAGAUUUCCAUAAAUAUUUAUUCCCUGCUUCCAAAUACAUUAUAUAAAAUUCAAAUUUGGGCCAGCAAUGAAGUAGGUAAUGGGCCCAAAACCGAAUUGACCACUAAAACAUUGAGCGACAUGACAGAAUCUGAGUUAGAAAAACAUCUUUUGGAAGGUAUUGACACAUUUGAUACCAGAGCUUGGACAUUUGCAGUAAUUGUGAUCAUGAGUACCUUUAGUAUAUUUGUAAUAGCAUUGUGUUGCUUAUUUGUCAAGGAUCCCAGAGUGCAAAAAAGAUUAGAAAACAGCGAUGAUGUUGAACGAAUUGAGUUAAUACCAAAUAUUAUCAUAAAUCCUGGUUACUGUGAAACAUAGCUAAGAUUUGAAUACACUGAUACUAAUUUUUGAGUCGGUGUGAAAUCAAGUUGCUGUUUGGUAAAUUAGCCUGAUAAAUUGUUUGUAUUAUUUUUUUUUAGUUUUGACAUUUGGUUUGAUUUUUGAACCAUGUACAAGUUAAAAAUUAGAUAUUCACUAUUUUCAAAAUCUUUUUUUAAGAUAACAUAAAGAUCUAAAUCAUAGAUUAAUUAAUAUAUCAGUAUAUAAAUUACUAGUAAAUAUAUUACAUUUUAAUCUAUGUCCAAACUGAUACACACUUAUUUUGUAUAUUCAAUUGUGAACUUUUUUAAAUAAGAAAUUAGGUUAUAUUUGUACUAAAAAUAUCAAGUUAUUUGAGAUUUAGUGAAAAUUCUAAGUCAUUCAAUUUAAUUAAGGUCUUAUUGAUCAUAUAGUUUUUAAGAGGUGCUUUUAAGUGUAGGAUACUUGUUUAAGCAAAACAAAAUAGUUAUUGAAAGACAUAUUACAUAGAUUUAGAUUAAAUUGUAUUUUGAUAGACCACACAAUAUUUAUUUCAUAUUAAAUUUAUUCACAGGGUUAAUUAAUUCCAUUUUUAAGUAAUAUUUAUACUAAAUAACUUCCAUAACUUUCUCAUAGCUUAAAAAUAAAUAUAAUGUUUAUUUUUAAAUUUUCUAGUUGUUGAGUGACUUGUGUCAUACAAAACUAAUUUCAUUUUUAAUAAAAAUCUUUCUCAUCUCAUUUCUUUUUAUAUUAACACCACCCUAUUUUAAUUAUUUGAACUUACUACUUAGUAUUUUGAUACUACUUCUUCCAGUAUAAAUAAUAUAUCAUUGAUCAAAUACUGUAAUAAUCUUUUAAUAGUAAAUUAUUUUUCUCUAGUUGAAUCUAAGCAUAUCUAAUAUGACAUGCCAAUUCCAAAAAUGUGUGAUAUCUUAUAAUAUGAUAUUAUAUUUAAAUUCAAAAUCUAUUAUUCAUUAAGCAAUUAAUAAAAAAUUAUAAAUUUGUUUUAAUCUAAAAAGCUUCCUUUACAAUCAUGUAUAAACAAUUAUACUCUUGAAUGCUUCCUUUUUUUUUUUUAUAUAUUUAUUACAUUUGGGUAACUAAAAAUUACUAGUCAUUCUACAAGACAAAAGAGGUUUUUAUUACCUUAAUUAUAAGACUGCACGCUUUCAUUUCCAUGCUGCCAUGCAUUUGUUGUUUUAUUCUAAUGCACAACGGUAGCGAUUGGUUUUAUUGUGUGAUUUAGGUUAUAUGUAUAAUUUUAAUGUUGUAUUUUCACUAUCAUAAUUGUUAGUGUAAAUUUAUAUAUAAUGUAUUUAAUGUAAUUUAAUAUAUUCAUUACAUGAUUAAUUGAAUCAUAAUCAUAGACAUAAUUAUUAUAAAUUCAUAUAGCUACAAAAAUAAAAUACAAAUAAUAUUCUAAAAUAAUUUACUUUUUAAAGUAUUAUAAUAUAAAUUUAAAUAACUAAACCCUUUAGAUCAGUGAUAAAGUUUUAGAUGUUUUAAAUAUGCAAUCAUAUCAAUUUUGUAAAUUAAAAGACUAGACAUACUAUAUUAGACAAAAUUAAUACAAAUUUAAUCAAACAUAAUCAUUUAUUUUUAAUGAAAAAAAAAUUUAAUUUUUCUUAUAAGGAAAUAUACUUAUUAUAAAUUUUUAAAUGAUCCAAUAUUUUAAGAAAAUUAUGUUUCAAUUCUUUCAUCAAUAUUACUUUACUUAUGCAUUUAAUUUUGUGUUUUGUUAUCUCAAAUUUUGUUAUUUUUUUAUUAUUUCAAUAAUAAAUUAUUGAAUGUAAACAUGUAUGUAUAAUUUGAAAUGUUCCAAUUAUUAUUAUUAUUUUGUUACCUAAUUUUUAUUUUACCAGACAAAAAUAAUACCAUAAUAUUAAUGUAUAUGUAUUUAAUGCAAAUGUGCUAAAUCUAACACCAUUAAAUGUAAUAUAUCUCUGAACAUGACAUAAUAAAUAGUUUAAUUUAGAGUAUUUAAUGAUACAUAAAUCAUUGACAGAUGGUGGAUAGUAAGUAAAUAAUAGUAAAUAUUUAAAAACUGGUGCUAAACCAAAGUAAUCAUUCUCUACAUUUUCUAUUCUUCUUUGUAAUGUUAGUCCACAAUAAUUGAGUGUUUUAACAAAUUAACUUGAAUUCAGAAAAAAAAAUAUUUCAGGGUACAAUACAUUUUAUUUAUGUGAAUUUAUAUAAUUUACUUUUGACAUGUAUAUUUAUUUUUUAUUUUUUUGAACGGUUGUAUCACUUUGAUUAUUAUCAAAUUAAUCCAUUGGAUAUAAUCAGGUGCUUUAUUAUUUUUUUGUAAUCUAUAAUGUGACUAGAUAUUAAUUUUACUAUUAAUAAUUGUUUUAAGUCUGGUAUGAUAUAAUGAUUUUUGUGGAUUAUUUUGUUUUUGUGUUGAUUUUUUUUUCUAAUAAACCAUUCAAGAAAAAAUAUA